ACCUCAGCUGCUGGAUUCUUGUAAUUACAUGAAAAUCUCAAUUUUCAUUUAAAAGUAUGUUUCUAGCUCAUGGUUUUAAAAAAAGGUGGAAAACGUGAACCUUAAAAGCUCAAAAACCAAAAGCAAACUAACCCCUCCCUACUUAUUUUCAAGUCUCGUGGUUUGGGGUGCUGAACCAUGCUCUUUGAAUACAUAGCAUUGGUAAUGUAUUGGCAAUUUUGGAACCUAUAGCUGUAGACUGACUAAAGCUCAUCCUCCUCUUUGGAUCUCUGUGCAGCAUAGGUCACGCAACAACCACUGAACCAGCUCAAAACUUUAAAAGUAUUCACAAUAUUUUUUCCACCCCAGACCAUUUUCUGACAGUUAAAUCAUCCACAGGUAGCCAGGCCCAGGCUCAGAGACAGCAUUUACUUUUCAAGGUGGAUUCUGUGGGGUGGCAGCUUUGUCCUGUUGUGAGGCAUUGGUUGCAAAGCCUCUGAGGAGCUUAUCAGUCACUGGGGCCUGGUCUACACUACAGAGUUAGGUCAAUGUAAGGCAGCUUCCAUUGACCUAACUCUGUAAGUUUCUACACUACAAUGUUGCUCCCACUGAUGUAAAUUGCCCACUACACCGAUUUAAUAACUCCACCUUUGUGAGAGGCUCUGGUUAGGUCAAUAUAGUUAGGACAAUACAAUGUCCUUGUAGACACUGCGUUGUUUACAUUGCCUAUUGGCUGUCAGUCCCAUACAGGGCUGACAGCUGGAGCCCCUGGGAGCAGGAGCCAAAAUCUGAAAUAAGAGCCUCCAUGAAACUGACAAGAAUGUCAAUUUCAAAGCAGGUAGGCUCCUUGCUCUGGAGCUGGGAGCCUAGCAGCACCAAGAAUCCUGCCUGCAGAUGAGGUUCCCAGGGGUGCUGCUGUGGUGUGGUGUCAGUUCCCAGAAUCCUGGCUCCAGUUGGGCACUCACAGGCUGGCUGGUGUGUUGCAGGGAACCUGCCAACCCCAUACUCCAGCUGUGAGCCCGCACCAGGCCAGCAGCUCGGGCUGUUAGACCUUGGGCGGAGUGGGGGGAGGGCUCAAGCAGUCAGUGCCCCACAAUGCCCCACUUCAGUCAGCGGAAGCACUGCUGGUGAGAAUGCGCACCAUCGACAGAAGGAGCAUAGCGUGGACGUGAAACACCACUUUAAUUACUGCCGUGGCUGUACGUCGACUCACAUUAACUAAAUUUUAUAGUGUAGCCAAGGCCUUAGGCAGUGCCUCAAAGGCUGAUCCAUUGGCACCCUCACCAAACACGGCUCCAGCUGAAGUACCUGGGACUCUAGGUCCAGCUGGGCUGGCAGUGGCCAGGCACGUCCCAGGACAAUCAGCACCCUGCCCUCAGACUCGCCCUGUCCUGAAAAGCCCAGUUUUGUUCAGCCGGCCACUUCCAGCCUAGGCCCUGCUGGACAGGGGUAGCCAGGCCCCAGGCACCCUACAGGCCUAUAGGAAGAGCCCUCAGGGCAGGAGACCAUGACAGGAAAAGACCCGCCGGAGGCUACUCUAGCCCUUUAAAUCCCCCUCUAUGACAUCACAAGCCCCACGAGCGGCGCAUGCGCAAGGAGAACCUGCAACCGUAUUACGUCACUUCUUGUCCCUAAACUGAUUUGCUGCCGGGUUGCUGUGGCUGCCGCUGUUUCCCUUCGGCUGGAGAGCGGGGCAUGCGGUGGCCUCGCUGGCCGGGAAGGAAGAAUCACGAUUACUGAAAACUUGUAAAAGGCUCAGUAAUCCGCCUAUUGCAGAAUAACCAUGGAAGAGACAAGGUAGCCACCCAAGAGUGAGCCAAAGUCCUGUUUCAAUGGAUACGAAAUAUAAAGACGAUUUAUUUAAGAAGUAUGUACAGUUCCAUGAAUCCAAAUUGAAUGCUUCUGACAGCAAACAGCGCCCUGUUAAUGAUGAAUAUCUGCGAGUGGCAGCAUCAGCCUUACUCUGCCUUCCCAAGAUUGAUCCCUUUUAUAGAUUCCGGUUGAUUAAAUUUUAUGAUAUGGCUGAAAAUUCCCUAAGAUCCCUGAAAUCCUCAAAUUUACGUUCUCUCCAUAGUGCAUUCGCUAUGCUGGAGAUAGUAGGAAUUAAUCUCUUUCUUUACCCUUGGAAGAAGGAAUUCAAAACUAUAAAGACCUACACGGGACCUUUUGUUUAUUAUAUAAAGUCCACACUACCUGAGGAGGAUGUAAGACAGAUUCUGAACUACAUGGGGUAUGUCCAAGAGCUGGGAACCAUGUAUAAGCUCAAAGAGCUGGUUGAUGACUUCCAAGUGAAAAUGGUUUCAUUUGAACUCUUUUUGGCAAAAAUAGAGUGUGAACAACUGCUUGAAAUUCACUUGCAAGUGAAAGAUAAAGGUUAUUCGGAGCUUGAUGUUGUAAAUGAGCGAAAAAAUAGCAAUGAAGAUGUUAGAGGCUGCUCAGAAGCUAUGAAACGGCGCACAGAAUGCAAAGAAAACUUGAACACUUCUAUGGCACGCAUGGUUCUUCAGAAAUCUGCUAGUGAAAGAGCCUCUAAAGAUUACUUCAAGCCAAAAGUAAGCAAGCCUUCUAAAUCUGUGGAUACAUAUGACAGCUAUUGGGAAAACAAGAAACCACCAUUGAUGACUUCAUUGAGUCUCAGAAAAGAACCAAUUUUGGUUGAUACAGAAGAUGACAUUAAAGAUGAAAUAAUACGUCCAUCACCAUCUCUUCUUACUAUGUCAAGCUCUCCACAUGGGUGUUCAGAUGAAUUUUUGCCAAUUUCAUCCCAUCCCAAUGGCAUGUUAAGAACAAAUGUCCCCUACAACUCCUAUUUUUCUGCUCAAGAAGACUUAGACUUAUAUACUGAUCCUGAUUCUAGAAGUAUGUUAAACUUUAAAAGACAAGAAGCUAGUAAACCUGAUGUAUGGCUAAUAAGAAAUGAUGUCAAUCCCAUUUACCACAAACGUACACAUCUAGCCAAAGAGACAACUUCCCUCAAGUGCCAGAAUUGUGGCAUAACUUGCGGCACUUCUGUUUGCCAAAAGUGUGAAAAUCUGCUCAUCUAUAGGCAGGAAUAUCCAGCAGUGAAACAGAGCAGUUAUUCAAGCAAAACAAUUCCAAAUGAUGGCUUGUCUCCUGGCUCUGCUUUAAGAGAGAAAUCUCAGUACGCAUUACAGACUCAGAGUCAAGAAAGAGCUGCUCAACUCAGUUCAAAAUCCAAGCCUUCAGGCACCCUGCGCUGUGGCUUCUGUAACCGAUCUGGAGCUGCAAACACAUGCACGUUCUGUUCAAAAGUCUCAUGUGAUGCUUGCCUCAAUGCUUACUUUUAUGAUCCCUGCUGUAGAAAGAGUGAGCUACACAGAUUCAUGCCUAACAAUCAAUUAAACUAUAAAUCAACCCAGCUGCCCCACCUUGUUUAUAGAUAAACUUGAAAUUCUGUGUUUGAGGGGAGAAACAAGGGCUAAAAACACAUGGAAUUUUCUGAUUUCACUGGUAACAAAUAUGAUACUGACCUCUUUAUAUAUAAAUAUAAAACAACCAGAUGUGUCCAGUUUUUGGAAAUACAUUUCAAUGAUUAGUGCCAGUUUCAGUUUUAGUGGCUUCACAAAUGCUGCAUAUACAUUAGAGUUCAUGCUGCUACCAUUUAGGUGAUUCUUAUCUGAUAACUGCUUUUCAAUUAGAUGGGAGAGAAGAGCACAUUUUCCUUUAAAACUUGGCAGCUGUUGCACUUUAAAUGACACCACACUUUUGUUAUUACAUUGCAGUUAUUGCCUCACCCAAAUAAAACUACAUAAGAGUAUAAAAUCAAGAAAUUAAGAGCAGCAUUUUCAGUGUAUUGUGAAAUCACUGUCUGUUUUGAUAGAGUAACUUUAAAAUACUUGCAGGAAGUAUUUGCAAAUUGCUUGGUUGCCAAAAAGGACUAAUUUUUGAAGAGUUUGGCUGCAUUUCCUGAGCUCUAAAAUGUAAACACCAGGACAACUCCUCUUCAUGUCUUCAUGUUUCUUCCUUCUCCCUUCCAUCCCCCAAGACGUUUAUCUCAAACUUAUACAAUCUGAAUUUGAAAAGAGUUCUUGCUUUAUUUUCUAGUGUUGCCAAUACCAUCCUACUGGUUUUUACUGUGUGGUAUCUUUAAAAGGUGAAUCUGUAUACAUGUCACUUAAAUUAUGCCUGGAGUGUUGUCUUUCCAGUUGAGUACUGAUUUUAUUCAUCUUCUGUUGCACAUGUAUUAAAUCCCAUUCUUUGUACUGUAAAUAGGUGAUUUGGAAACAGUUUAUUUUUUAAUAAAUAGAUUCAAUGUGUUGAAUUCUAAAAGUGGUAAAAUCAUUGUAACUGUGAAGCCUCUCUGGGUUAUUUGUUCGGAUGGCUUCCCUUUGUUUUUAUUUGUUUUUUUUACAUGUACUGUAUUUCAUGGUUUACUACAGUCACUGUGGCAGACUGAUAUUAUUGGCUUAGAAAGAGUUUUUCUUUGCUUCCUCCUUUAAAGAACCCAAAGCUCUCACUCAGGAGAGACCUCUCCUAAAUUAAUUGGAGUCUUACCUGAGUAAGGACUGCGGGAUUUUGGGCCUAAGUGCGCAUUUUCUUCCCUUAUGCUUAUGGGAACUAUGUAUGCAUAGAUGUUACACUCUGCAUCUAAAUCCACUGCAAAGUCUAUAGCAUAGCUCAGCAGGUAAGGCAGUGAUCUGAUUAAAAUUCACAGAGCUUCUGUGACUUCCAUUGGAGUAAAUCCAUCAGUUGUAGACAUGAAUCGGGCAGUAGAACUUAUUAUUUAUUUGUAUGACUGUUGUGCCUAGGAGCCCUAGUCCUAGACCAGGAUUCCAUUGUGCAGGGUGCUGUACAGUUUGGCCCACAGAACAUGUAAUAAAUUAAACUACAUCUUCUAUGGACAGACUUUAGUCUUAUAGGAAAAGAAAAUCUGCAAGAGCCCCCUUUUAUUUUUUUCUUUUACAUUCAGACGAGCUAGUUAAGACAAAAUAUUAGGGAACUUAAUCUGAGUAUUGGAAUCAAACAUUUAAAAUAUCUAAAAUUAUCUAAAGUGUAAAUUAAUCCACUUUGCACUAAAAUAAUACGUUUUUGAACAGUUUGAUUCUAGGUUUUUUGUUUUUUUCAAAUAUCCAUUGACUCUGUAUGGAAAAACAUGCAUGAAUGAUUGGUCACCAAAUUUGUCUUAUUGUUUUGGGUUGAGGGGAAUUAAAUAGGUUAAUAUUGUAAACUUACAAAAAUAUUUUAGCCAUAAGUGUGUCAGAUAUACAAAGGAAAAAGUGAAACUUGAUUUUGUAGAAGGCUGAGAGAGGCUAUUGUGACCUGCAUUAAGAUAUAAAGUGUAUGGCAUGUGGUUAGCUAUCAGAAGACAAAUCCAGUGACUGCAACUGGAAAUGUUAUAAACAAGUAUUAUCUUGCUGACUCUGAAGGCUACAGCAGGGGUUCCCAAACUUUUUGUUGGCAUGACCCCAUUUUAAUUAAUUCUUUCCUGCCAGGACUCCAGAUAACAUGGAAGAUGCCGUUUUGUAGAACAACAUGGCAUCCUCUGUGCAUUGCGACCUUGUCUGCACUGUAUGUGCAAGGUCAUGCUGCAUGGAGCAAAAUGGUGUCUGUCCUCUGUGACCCCAUGUACUGAUGGUGCAUUGUGACCCACAGUUUGGAAACUGUUGAGCUAGGCUCAGUAUUGCUUAAAUGAAUGAUAAGGUUUUCAAAAUCUUAAUGGCUUUUUUAUAAAUACACACGUGUGUGUGUGUGUAUAUAUAUAUGUAUAAAAUAGAACACAUGUAGAUACAGUAUGUAUAUAAUGCAAAAUUUAAAACAAUUUUACUACUAAAAUACAGUCUGUAAGGGUGGCUCUCAUUUUGGUAGUUAUUUUUUCUGUUCAUCUUUCUGAAGUGUCAUGCCUGUUUUGGCUGCUAUACAAUGUACCUUCUAGUUCACUAGUUCAACUUCCAUAUUGCUACUUUCACUACAGUAAUUAACUAAAACUGUGAUGCCACGUAACUUAUACAGUGAACAUAGCAGGGAUUACUAUAUUUGCUUUAAAAAGGAAAAGUCCUGUGUUUAUAUCUGUCAUUGAAUACUGUAGUACAAAACUGUGUUGAAUUGCAAGUGAUACCAUGCUCUAUUUUUUGUGUAUCUUACUGUAUGAGGUUGCUGUGAUUGAGACAGUAAAAUAUAUGCUAACUUAAAA